AUGUCGCUAAAAACUCGGGUCGCCAAGAUGAAAGAAAAAGCGGAAGCGUCGGAGAAGAAGAAGAACGCCGACGUGAAAAGAAGAAAAGGAGCGGCAGCGAAAAGGAGAGCCGCCAUUAAGAAAAAGAGAAAAGCGGCGAAGAGGAGUGAAACCACAGAGAAGAAGAGGAAGCGAGACAGUGGUCUGGACGGUGGGUCCUCGUCGAAUCCAUCCAAGAGGACUCGGAACCGUGUGAGAGAAACCGCAGCAUCUCCACCGGAACAUCAAGGCGUUCAUGCCCCCACACCAGCAGCAGAAUUGCCUUCUCAGGGCGAUAGCGAGGGUACACCACGCCCAGUGAUUCCGAGUCAGCCACAAAAAUCGCCAACACCAACUCAUGCAGCGAGUGAGGCCGAGAAUCAACAACAACCUCGAGUAACCUCAGGCUCUUCCACAAAGAGUCCUUCACAUCGUGUAGACGAGCAGAACGGUGAGGAGAUUGGAUCUAACAACAGAGAUUCAAAUGCACCCGAGGUUGCCAUUGAUAAUGACGCUCUAAGAACGGAGAUUUUUCAUGUGAGGGAUCAGUUUCGUGAUGGGAUCCCAGAGAAGGCACAGUGGGUAUUUCCUGGGUUUAUCAACCCUUUGGAGAUAUUAGCAUUUGAAUGUAUCCAUGUCCUUAGAAAUAGAUUCAUAGAGCCUGUUCCAAACUGUCCUGAUGGUUGUUCAAGAAUGUGCAAAUGGAAGUUCAAGAGGACCGGAACAACAGGAUUUCUACUUGACAUGAUUUAUCGGAUGCUAGGAAACACAAAGGAGAUUAUCAGUAUUUUGGAACCACAAGGAUAUGAAGCAGACCUUUUGUAUGAAAUAAUGGAUGAAGGGAUUUAUGAAGACUUGGAGCUGAUAGAUGAUUCGGAUACGUCAGACAUAGUUGUUGACAGUUGGAACAAGAUCCUACUAGAACCAGGGAGUAAAAUUUUCUGGCCGGAUCUAUUCGAGAUGGAUGUGAGAACCCGAGAGCAACAAGAGCAAGCAGAAGGCGAGGCAGGGGGCGAGGCAGGAGGCGAGGCAGGGGGCGAGGCAGGAGGCGAGGCAGGGGGCGAGGCAGGAGGCGAGGCAGGGGGCGAGGCAGGAGGCGAGGCAGGGGGCGAGGCAGGUCGUGAGAAUUAA